AUCCAUGUUUGUAUCGACGUUUCUUCAUCUCUAGAAUUGGAAAAUGCAAGACAGCGAAGGGGAAGACAGCGAUGUCUCGUUCUACUCGGCCUCGGACGCGGUUAGCGAUAACUCGAAAGCUUGCAUUCCGUUGGAGGAGCACGAGCUCGAAAAUCUGAAGGAGAAACUGCAGAGAAUCGUGUUUAUCCAGCAAACGGACAAGAAGUACCACCACGCACUGUCAGACAUGCGCGACCAGACCAUACUGUCGCUGCUGGUCGAGCCUAGUUUCUAUGGACGACACCACAAAACCUCAGUAUUGGUAGUGGCUACCGCAAACGAAACCUACAUAUUCGAUAUCCAGUCCCUAGGGGGCACCAUCUUUCCGGAACUGCGUUCCAUUUUCGAAGCGAAGCGGCCGAGAAAAGUGGUCCAUUACAGUCAUCGCAUUAGUGAUCAUUUCAGCCAUCGUCACGGCAUCAGCUUGGGCGGAGUUUGGGACAGCUUUACGGCCCUGUGUUUGGCUCGUCGCGAGAGGACUCCUCGUACCCUGCCAGAGGCUGUAUCCCUGGUGUUUGGCCUUCCCCUGGAAAAGCUACUGUGCGAGGAGGUUUCCGGAUCCAGAGAAUCUCUUCGUAAUUUUACAGCCCGUCCGCUAUCACGCAGCCAGUUGAUGUAUCUGGCGAAAAUGGCCAUUCUACAGCUUAAAAUGCAUGAUCGCCUAAUCUACGACAAUAUAUGUGCCGAAAUGCAGGACAUGACGCUGGCCUUAAAGCACGUAUAUUCUGGAGACAAUUAUGCAGCCAUGAAAAUGGGUCCGACUAGUCACUAUGGGUUUGAGUCGAUCGAUCCUUUCUACAAAAUCGAUACUGAAGAAUUGGUCAGUCCUACAGAUAAGAAAAUCAACGGUCAUAAACUGGACCAUCAAAAAUGCCAAAAGUGAAGGACUCCAGGAAUG